AUGUCCAUCGUGAGAGUUGAACUGGAUAAUCUUUCUUCCGAAGAAAUGGAGUGUGACAAUGGCAUCAAAUCCAAUUUUAUUGUGGCAAAUACCAGUGAAGCAGAUGUUGAUUACUGUGAACCGGAAAAUAUGUCUUUGAGUCCUACUCUCCCUGGAAUGUUUAAAAGUAAGAGUGGAACAGAUAAAGAGCACCAGUUGAAGCCAUCAAGAAGAAGCAUGCCAUGCUUAGCCCAAAGUCAAACCCAUCCUCAGCAUUUGAACAAUCAGUCAUCAGUGCAGAACCGGGUCCAGCCUCAGCCAGUCAGUGAGGGAUCAUCAGCAAUUGAUGUGGAGCAGCAGAGAGAUUCUACAAAAGACACUUACACAGAUGAGUCAGAACAUGGGACGUACGACUGCCGCACCGAUCAAUCCCUGCUCAUUCAGCACAAACUUAACAGGCAAAAACAAGGCUCUCACAAAUCUCAAAAGUGCAAAGAAGAUUUAUUAAGCAAAGAAAAACAUAUAUCCGACCACUUCCCGCCACACACAGAGCCGUUCUGUGAUUUGCACAGCUCUUUGCCAAUCAUCACGUCCCUGUAA